ACUUGCUCAAUCCACUUUUGCCUACUGAGAUAGAGAAGACAUCAGCUCCAACAUGCCUUCAGUGGGGAUGGAGAUACUUGGAGUGACUCUGGGUUUCCUGGGAUGGAUUUUGGCCACUGUAUCCUGUGCUUUGCCUGCGUGGAAAGUGUCAGCUUACAUUGGGGCGAACAUUGUCACAGCCCAUAUGACCUGGGAAGGUAUCUGGAUGGAUUGCGUGGCCCAGACCACAGGUCAUGUACAGUGUAAAUUCCACGACUCCAUGUUGGCUCUAAGCAGAGAUGUUCAGGCCGCCCGCGCCCUCACUGUCACUACCAUUGUGUUUUCCAUUGUGGGAAUCCUGGUGGCCAUGAUGGGGGCAAAAUGUACCAACUGCUUGGAAGAAGAGUCGGCCAAGGCUCGGGUGAUGCAAGCUGCCGGGGUGGCCUUCAUCCUGGCUUCUCUGACCGAGCUGAUCCCUGUGUCGUGGUGCGCCAAUAGGAUCAUUGUGGAUUUCUACGAUCCAAACGUACAUACUCCAUGGAAGAGGGAGAUAGGUGCAGCUCUGUACCUGGGCUGGGCUGCAGCUGCAUUUCUUCUCAUUGGAGGGGGUAUCCUCUGCUCCAGUUGCCCUCCGCAACCUGAGAGAAGGUAUGGGUCUCCAUCAAAAAUUAUAUACUCCCAAAGCAGGUCGUCCCAAGCAGUGGCCCCAAGUGGUUAUGAUAGGAGAGACUAUCACACAUUCAGCAGCAGCAGAGGAAGACAUUUCGGUAUGUCUAUUGGGUUGGAGUUAAUAGGUAUUUCCCUGUGCAUUUUGGGAUGGAUUAUUGCCAUUGUGGCGUGCGCCCUCCCCAUGUGGAGGGUAACGGCCUUCAUCGGCAGCAACAUUGUGACAGCUCAGAUCAUGUGGGAGGGCCUGUGGAUGACUUGCGUGGUCCAGAGCACGGGCCAGAUGCAGUGUAAGGUCUAUGACUCCAUGCUCGCCCUUUCUCAAGACCUCCAAGCUGCCCGUGCCCUCACCGUUAUCUCCAUUCUGUUAGCCAUCCUGGCUUUGCUCAUCUCCAUCGCGGGGGCCAAGUGCACAAACUGCAUUGACGACGAGGCAUCCAAGGCCAAGGUGAUGAUCAUCUCGGGGGUCUUCUUCAUUGUUGCCGGGGUCAUGCAGCUCAUCCCUGUCUCCUGGUCGGCCAACACCAUAAUCAGGGACUUCUACAACCCUCUACUUGCUGACCCUCAGCGGAGGGAGCUGGGGGCAGCAAUGUACAUCGGCUGGGCAGCUGCUGCGCUCCUGAUUCUUGGUGGUGGACUGCUCUGUUGCUCCUGUCCACCACGUGAGACCAGAUACAACCCUUCACGAAUGGCUUACUCUGCCCCACGGUCUGCAGGUGGCCCAGGGUUAGAAAGGAAAGACUAUGUGUGAAUGAAGGUCAAAGAGAAAAAGACAUUAUUGAAUCUCAAACCUGUUCUUGACACCAAACUGAGGGUGUACUGAGGAAAAGAGCUCAAGGAAACAAGGAGACUCCAUAAUGAAGGAUGUGUUUGAUUUAUUAAUGUUACUUUUCUCUGAAUUAGACUUCUGUUUUUCAGAGACUGACUAAAGAAACAUGCAAAAGACAAAGGAGUGGAAAUUAAGUCAUGUUUCCAAACCAAUAGACAUCUUUAAGGUCAACACGUUUAAUGUUAUUAUCAUUGUACGAUCAUAUACUUUUUAUACAGUCCUCGCUUGUUAAUUUUUAUUACUGAAUUUUUUUUUUAAUAAAAAACAAAAUGACUGCUUAAUGUAUCACCUUUACAAUAAGGCACCACUGUAAACAAAAGGGAAGAACUGUAAGUAUAAAAUGGUACAACAGGGUUAUCAACAGGAUUAUGUGUUGUAAAUACUGUAGUAAGAGUAUCAUUAAUAACCUGCAAAAGUCAAGACAGAUGACAACUGUAUUCAGUGCAGCUUUUAGUGCAGUGUGGGAAGGGUGGGAAUGGGGGAAGGGAGAGGACUAUGAACGUGUGUUCACCCAUAAAAGGAAUUGUCUGUGUGUAUUAUAUGCAACUGCAGUACAUGUAUCUCCCAAGUGUUUUUUAAAUAAACAUAACUUUUUUAAGAUA